AUGCCUGUCUUUGAAAUCAAGCUGAAAAUGCUCAAGGAAAUGUACCACAUUUCUCUCAACAGUGAAGAACACCCCAUGAAAUUCCGCGAGGCAAUCGAAGCGGCUACUUGCAUGGCUCCUUCUUCCCAAAGAAUAAAAUGUAAAGGAAAGAUCAUCCCUGCCGACCUCGAGAACUGGGACGACUACAAGGACAUCCUUGCGGACGGUCUCCUCAUGAUGAUCAUGAUGUGA